AUGACGACUCCAGAAGACGACUCAACUCGCCAGGAAACCCCUAACCAACCGCAGGACGUCACCGCGGACCGUCCUUCGGAAGACACCCAGGCACCAAAAAACGACUCCCACAAAAACCCCGGCGACGAUAGCAAACCCGGAUCAGGCUCCCCGGACCCCGAUGAUUCUGUCCAUGACUCCUUGCACGUCGGAGGCUUUCAGAAGACGACCACGAAUACCAAAGCCCCGGGGUCGAAGACCUCCAACACUGACACAGACAAGAAGCCAGACACGGCCAGCAAACAGCCGCCAACCAAAGAUCUGGGUCCCCCUUCAGACCAUUCGCCCGUCGCCGAGGGGGAGACGUCGACUGACGACGGCAACCUGACCGAUGUGAGCAUUCUCACAGAUGCUGAGCAUUCUGAGACAGCUCAAAACGCCACGAACAAAGACGCCCAGAAACCGUCCGAGCAUAUCGAUUCAAUCCCCGAUGCAGUGCCAAAUAACUAUGUCUCAACGUCGGCGCAAACUGACGAAGGCCCAGAGCCUGGCAAGGAGAGCGACAACACCGUCAACCACGUUGAGGACGACAAUGUCCCGGCAGCAGAUGAACCCCCCGAGCCCCUAGAGGCCGAAACUGGCAACGAACCGGACAAUGACAAUGCCUCUGUGAUGGACGACACCGCAACAGUUGACGAUGCCCCUAAAGCGGACAACGAGGCACCGGUCGACAGAACCCCUGAGCCCUCAGAAGCCGGCGACGCGCCUGAAGCCGACAGCGAGGUCGACGUAGACGGCGAUGUAGCGGCCAACAAGACCCCUGAUGUCUCUGAAGCGGGCGAUACUCCAACGGACUCGGAGCCAUACGAAGACUCGGACAUCACAAAACGGCUGCGAAGGAUGAAGGACAAGUCCCCCUCCCGGAAAGGACUCAUGCUAAAGUUUGGCCUCGAGGAAGUGAAGGCGCACUUCCUGUGGGUAUACGACGAAAGACAGCGGGCACAGGGCCGUGAUGACGAGCUCUGGGACCUGACGAACUUGCACACCUGCUUCCUGGAAGGCGGCGAGAACACCAGAACCAUGGUUCUGAACCUCUACGUCAAGCUUUUGCGGUCCUUGGGCCUGGUCGAAGCAGACCUAGUAGGCCGUGGAAAAUCGGGCGACUACUUGGGUGAUACGUGGGAAGCAGCCACACAAGACGGGAAUAAAGGGAUCUUCAUCGUCGAUACCCCAGAAGCCGAAAACUUCUCACCGUUGAAGGACACGUUAGCUAGGCGCUUCAAAAAGUCAAACGCUCCGCGGCCUCCGGUUGUCCUCUUCCACAUCCCACAUUCCGCUGAAAAUGCCACGGAUUACAUCCUCGAGUCAUCGGACGAUGUCCCCUCAAUGCACACAAUCCCGGUGCGGCAAACCGAGGACGACCUGCUCAAAACGGUCAGAAAAGAGUUCAAGAAGGAACUCUCGCACAGGGAGGCUGAGGGUGGGUGGGAUGGACCGAUUGCCCAAAAGUUCGUCCGGCGCGCCAUAAAAAACGGGGACCUGAGAACCCCCAACGCAGUCCGGGAGUCCGUGGAUGGGAUCAAGGAGCGGCGCAGGAAGAGAGUAGAAGCCGAGAAGGCAGGCAGAGCGCCGACGCCGGCAUCCACAGCAUAUUACAUCAAAUCAGACUUCUUGGGCGUCACGGCGGCUGAGCUGGGAUACCAAAGCGCCACCUUGGCCGAGCUGGAGAAGAUGAUCGGCAUGGAGGACGUCAAACAGUCGGUCCGCGAGCUCCUCGCUGAGGCUUCACUCAGUUUCCGCCUCGAGCUCGAGGGUGAACCGGCCCUCAGCGCGUGGUCCAACCGCCGAUGCCCCCCGGCACAGAAGCGCGCGUCCGACCUUAUCGGCCCCUACAUCGGCCACUCGGAAGAACUCACCCAAAAAGCCUUCAAAGAAGCCCGCGGCGGCGUGCUCAUCAUCGACGACUUCCACCUGCUCUUCCCCCAAACCAUGCACAACACCGACGGCUCCGACGUCUUCCGCGCCGCCGUCAUUGACACCAUCGUCGCCGAGAUCGACCCCAACACCACCCGCAAGGAAGCCAUCAUCCUGAUCGGCUACCCGGACGCCAUGGCCGAAGCCUUCGAGACCUCCAACCCCGGCCUCGCCCGGCGCUUCCCCCUCACCCAAGCCUUCCGCUUCUACCCCUAUACCUCCGCCCAACUCACGCAAAUCCUCCACCUCAAACUCACCACCCACAACCUGCACCCCACCCCCACCGCCCUCCGCGUCGCAGAAGACCUCCUCACCCUCGCCCGCCACCGCCCCAACUUCGGCAACGGCGGCGCCAUCGACAACCUGCUGCACGCAGCGCAACUCGCCCCGCAACGCUCGAUGCGCCCACCUCUCCGCCGGACGCGGACCUCGACCUCCACCUCCACCCGCAUGACUUCGACGCCGAAUGGAUGCGCGCCGCUGACUUCACGGGGCGCUGCACCGCGCUCUUCUUCCGAGACUACGGCUAUGUGCUGGCGUGAUGGGCAAUUCCAGGGGGUACCCAGGCGCGCGAGGCUGGACCCUGCGGCCAGUCGUGGGCCAAUGGCCGAGACGUGA